AAAAAAAAAAAGGUUUCUCUUAUUUAUAGACUUCUUCUUUUAACUUGUUUAUCUUUAAAUGGGACAGGGAGAAAGUAAAUUAAACGAUUCUUUUACAUUUGCUUAUUUAUUAGAACCAAAUAAGAAUGACACUAUGGAAUACAGUCAUACAUCAUCAUUAAAUGAUAACAACAAUGAUAGUUUGAUACUGACUCGUCCUGAAAUAUACGGUUUAACUUCUUCUUUACCAUCAUCAUUAAACACAAGCAAUAAUCAUACACUAUCUACUAUAUCAUCUUUAACUUCAUUAAGUGAAAAAAGUAUAUGUCAUCAACGACCUGACUCUGGUUAUAGGUCACCUUCAUACAAAGAAGAUAGACAGUUGGCAGGGGAUUUGGGUUAUAUAGAUAAAACUUAUUAUCAUCAUUCAGUUACAAAUGAAAUACAACCGCCAAAAGAAGAUAUGAAUGAUAAUGAAGAAUAUCAUCAUCACGUUAGAAGAGGUGGAAAAACAAAUCGAAUUUCAUUUGCCGAUAUUAUGCUAGCUGCUUCUGACAAGGCUAUUGAAGACGUUUAUCUACCAUCUAAAUCUAUACGUAGUCUUAGUCACAAUAUAGGCUUGUUAACCAUGGUUCAUAAAUUAGACUUAUCUAAUAAUCACUUGACUGAAUUACCAGAGUCAAUCGGUUAUAUGCAGAGUCUAGAAAUACUAUUAUUAUCAAGGAACCAAUUACUCUAUUUACCGGAUACAAUAGGUUAUUUGUCAAAUCUUUUGGAGUUAGAUGUCUCUUAUAAUCAAUUAAAACAACUUACACCAUGCAUUAGUUAUUUGAACAAGCUAAAACAUUUAUCUUUGGCCUUUAAUCAAAUCUCUAAAUUACCAGUUGAAAUAAUUGGUCUCUUUGAAUUAGUUUCAUUAGAUCUCACACAAAAUCCACUUAAAGUUUUACCCGCUGAAAUAUCUCAACUUCCCUUCUUACGUCGACUGCGACUUGAAAAUUGUCCAUUUCAAAAUGAAGGCUUAUCUUAUCCUUUAAAGCAUAAUCCACCUUCUCUACUAGAAAUCUGUGCACGUAAUCUGAUACGAUCAAAGAAAGGGAUAAUAGGGUCAUCAUUACCUCAACACUUGAUCCACUAUAUUAAAUCUGCAAAAUCAUGUACUACAUGUCAUGGUCCUUAUAUCGAAUCUUAUGUUUUACGCGGGCGUUUAAUGGAGAAAUUAGAUAUGCAGAUUCCACUUGAAUAUACACUUUGUUCUGCACAUUGGUCUUAUGCAAAUGAUCGUAUCCUAAGCAUGUUUAGUACACAGCCGGAAACUUCUAGUGAUUUUAUUCAUUUGCCCUAUCUUCCUAUAUUACCUCAACAAUCUAUAAAGAAGAAGGAGAGAUUAGUACAGACUAAUACCAACAAUUAUCGCACUAAUCAUACUCGAUCCUAUUAUUCUUCUUCUUGUUCUUCCACUACUACUAUUCCACCUCCUCUUCCUCCACCAUUACCUUUAGAUACGAGUCAUAUUUCCUUUAUCACAUUCGAGAAUAAUAUCUUUACAGGAAAUUAUAACAUGGUCAAAUUGAAUAGACAACAACAACAAAGAAGACAAUCAUCAAAAUUGGUUCGAUUGGCAUGUAAAUUUAAAAAUUUUUCAAAUUGACCUCUGCACUAGAUCAAAGGAAAACUUGGCUAUAUCAUUGUGUAUAUUCUAUAUUUGGCAUUAUUAUAAAAUACCCAUUGUUUUUGUUGUCAUUUUCUCCCCCCCCAUUUUAUAUAAUUGUUGUUAAAUGCAUAUAUAAUUUGUGUACAUAAAAUACAUAUUAUAGUUUCACGUAAAUGAAGCUUAUUAUUAGUCUAUUUCCUUAUUACAUAAUAUGAAGCUGUG